CAUAGAAAUCCAAGAAUAAAAUCUGAUGCGGGCGGUGGACCAGAAACCAGAGUAUCACUUGGAGUGGCCUAAUCACAAUCAUCUCGAGAUUCUUAUACUCUUUCUACUAUCCAUGUUAUACUGACAGAAUAAUGAAGGACAUCCAAGGAGUUCAGCGGGGCAAAUGCAACACUUGUGAGUGUAAAGAGUACCGUACUUCACCCACACAGCCUGGACAGUUGCGUUGUGAGUACUGCAACCAUACACCAGGAGAGCAUGUCAGGAUCAUAGCACUGGGAGCUUGCAGUAAAUGUGACAAAGACGAGUGCAAAAAGUACCAGUCUGAGGAUCCAAACAGCUACACUGACUGUGAAUACUGUGGCUGCCCUGCUCAUACGCACGCUGGAGCUGAUAAACUACGCAAGCCUCGUCCUCAGCAACCGGGUGCACCCGUGACGUCUGGUCAGAUGAUGUCCCAGGCCCAGGGCGCCUCCGGGUUCGAACCAAGAUAUGACGCUCAUGAACAACCUCUUCAGCUAGUAACUUAUGGAACUUGUAAAUGUCCUGGAUGUACUUUUCCAAAACGAAGAGAAGGUGACAAGAUCCACGAUUUCUGUAGCAGGACAUGUGCUAAGAAGUUCAAUGAACUUCAAUCAUCCUUUCACCAACAGAAGGUUGCUGCCACGAAGACAGCUCAACAAGGCAGCAGCUCUCCAAGGGCUUACAGACAGCCACCAGGAUCAUCUGCUAUUUCCAGUGGGCCUUCCUCUACUGAUAAACGUGGGGCCAUGAGCUACUACUCUAAAAUGCAAGGACAAGGCCCUCCGAUGCUACCAUAUGAUAGUUUGCCUAUCUCCCAUUCUGGUGGAUCUAUGCCCCUGGGCCCUUCUACUCAGUCCAUGCCAGCGACAGCUGGUGGCAAGAUGUGCUCCAAGUGUCGAGUGAAACAAGCUAACCCAGGGAAGGGCUGGUGUGACCAGUGCUUUAUGCAAUCACAGAUGAACUCUUAGCUAGAUGAAGUCUUAGCUAUUAGCAUGAGUGCAUUUUGGAGGACAAUGUAUAAUACAGCUCACACAAUGUUUUUGUAUAGAAAAAACUUCUACUGUAUUACGCUAUGCUACUGAAAAAAUGAAAAGUGCUAUCCUG